CAGAAAUGUGGAAAUACAGUUUAUUCUUGAAUACCAAAGGCUUGGGUAAACACUUGACAGUACAAUGCACUUCCAUCUGAGAGGUCUUCAUUGAGUGGUUCUUUAAUGUAAAGUACUACGUAUUCAGUUCCUGACACACACAGCUGCGCCUAAAAUAUCUGACAGUAAUCCCCAUUCUCCUCAUCACUUUCCACUCUCCCUACAUAAUGAAAAUCAGAGUUAACUUUCUUGCCAGAAAAUCUAAUGAGAACAAAGUUGUCCUCUAUUCUCAAUGUUUGCUUUCUUCUGGUGCUUUUCAUUCUUCUUCCUUAGAAAUCUCAACCAGUCACUGCCAGAUGUUAAAAAAAGAAGAAGAGUAAAUUGUUGUAGGUGAAGAGGAAAGAUGCCGGCCCUGGUGGUGUUCAACAGGCGAUGGAGAAUAGGCAGUGACGACCUUGUCAUUCCUGGCAUUGUAGAGGUUUUUCUUCGGGCUGGAUGGUUGGGCUUAACCACUGCCAUCUUCAUUCAACAUGAGUCAGACACAUCGAGAUGCUCCAGUGGAAGCCAUCUGCUGCGUCUCUUCCUCCUGGGCAGCCUGGUGCUUCUGGGAGUGACUUUAAUUAUCACAGUGAUGCUGGUAGUCCAUAGUUCCCGGGGUACUGUUGUCAUCACACUUCCCAGGAAGCAUGUCCCUGCCCUCAUUGUUACCAGGGUUGUCUUUGGGAUUCCUGAGAUAAUGUGGAAUGUCAUUGGGUCAAUAUGGAUUCUCACUGGGCAAAUUGAAUGUGAACCAGACACUGCUUUACCAAUCCUCAUGAAAGCUUUGGUCAUUUAUACAUGGGUGGCAGUUGCCCUCAUCCUGCUGGGCAUUUUGCUGCUCUUUGACCCCAUGAAGCGACCAUCCAGGCAAGGGGUAGUUGAUGGUGGAGUCCUUGGAAGCCAUUACAUUCAACUGUGGGAGAAGCGAUGUCGCCUCCUGUGCUGUGUGCGAUCCCAUGAUGACAACAUCUCGGAGGCAUUCAAGAAUGUGGCAGAUGUUUUUGCCUCUCUGUUUGAGGACCUUGACCUGGUGGCAUCCGACUUAGCAGCAGCAUUAGUGCUUUUGCGCCUUAAGAGAAAGUAUGAGGAACAGAGAGAAGAGUCUUUCAGAAAAAUAGAUCGUCAUCUUCCCAUCAGCAGAUCUUUAACAGCUAGCAUUGGAACUCUGCAGGAUGAAGGAGGAUUGCCUUAUCAGCAGUCCCCACGUCCUGAGUGGAUGAAGGUUGGUAGUGCAUAUCACUUCAUGAAGUUUGCUAUGGCCUCCUAUGGCUGGCCAUGGUUUAUGUAUCGCAACAUCUGCCAGGGCUGUUGCUCCCUCAAGUCACACCUGCAGUGCUGUUCCUGUUGCAGGUCCCCUCCAUCGUACGUGAUGCAGGACAACUGUUGUCUGUGCCACACAGCAGCACUUAAGGCAGUGACUGGGCUCUCUGAGGAGAAUAUUACUUACAUCACAUUCCACAACAAAAUUUAUGAGGUUCCAUUCUUCGUUGCCAUAGAUGAUGAGACUCAACAUGUUGUGCUGGCCAUUAGGGGCACCCUCUCCCUGCAUGAUGCCAUCACAGACCUGAAUGCCCAGUGCACCUCGGUUGACUGUGAGGGUCUACCAAUAGGAUGCAUGGCUCACAAGGGCAUGGUGGAAGCUGCUCGGUCUGUUCUCAUAAGGCUGGAUGAAACUAGAGCCUUGUCAGAGGCCUUAUCCCGCAGUGGCUAUGGCUUAGUGAUCACUGGUCACAGCUUAGGAGCAGGGACAGCAGUAGUGUUGGCUGCCCUCCUGAGGCCUCGAUACCCAAACCUCAAAUGCUUUGCCUUUUCACCACCUGGAGGACUCUGUUCCAGGGAAUUUUCUCAAGCUACCCAGUGUUUUGUAAUGUCGGUGGUGGUUGGUGAUGACCUGGUCCCACGCCUCUCCAUGAACUCCCUCCAUGACCUACGUCACAAGAUAAAGUGUGUUCUGGAUACCUGUCCCCAGCCUAAGUAUCGUGUGUUGGCACAAGGAUGCUGGUACAUGCUGUUUGGUAUAUCAGAAUCUUCACUCCACUCUGCGUCUCUAGACAGUCCUGCUCAGGAUCGCCCCCUUUUGGAAGGCGGUGGCAAUUCUUAUACUUACUUUAAUCCAGUGUUUGGCUUUCAUGAGGAACAGGAGAGUGUAGAUGAUGUGCGGGUGACCUUCUCCGAGCCAAAUCCCCAGUGCCCCCAAGUCCCCAGACACACGGAGACUCCACUGUUCCUACCUGGAAGGAUUCUUUACUGCUUCCCUAAUCUGCCAGAGGAGGACAGGUUGGAGGGCAGUGUGGGUGAAUGGGAGUUCACUUGGGGCGAGCCCAAGGAGUUCUCACAAAUCCUUAUCUCGCCCUUCAUGAUGCGGCAUCACUUUCCCCCAGUGGUGCUUUCUGCCCUCAGGGAUGCAGCGGUCCAGGCUGCAGACCCCAGUUAAUAAGAUGUGCUGAGGGACCUUCCCUUUACAAAUUUUUCUCAGUAGAUGAGUGAACAGCAAAGAUGCUCUUUUGUAUGUGGUGAAACUAUUAUAUAUAUAUAUAUGACUAACCAUUGUCAGAAAAGUGUGAUGGUGACAAAGUAUUUUGUACUCACUUUAGGAACUGUAGUCUUAAUAUAAUUAUAUAAUUACUGUAAAGAUUUAAAUGAGUUGGUAUUUAGGUCAUGUGAAAUGAUCUCAGGGAGUCUUGGCAGAUUUGACCCAAGGAAGAGUAUUGUUUAUGAUGCAUUUUAUCCACAAUGGUUUACUACCAGUUUAAGGUUGUGUAUGUAGUUGUGCUGACAGAACAUAAUAUCAAGUAUAUAUAUUGUUGCUUUUAAUACUUUCAGAACUUAAAUAAAAUAUUUAUAUGUGUUCACAUUUUUCAGUAAAUACUUCAAUUUUCUUUUCAGUCUACUGCAAAUCAAUAAGGUUUCAAAUGUUUGAAUGUACAUGAAAUAUUAAAUUAGUAAACAUGUGUGGAUUAUAUUUAAUUAAAUAUACAAGCUUCACACUACAGUAGUUCCUGACGUAAGAUAGCUACCUUUUUUCAGCCAUUUUCUGUUAGUCAGUUUAGCAAUACAUGGGAUUAUGUAUUUUUAUCUCAGUGUUAGAUUUCAUAAAUACUUCUCAGGUUUCAUUUUCUCUCAGAAUCCAUAAGCCUAGACCUUAAAAUUUCCAUUCUUUUAUUCCAGUGUCUUGUAAUGUUAUGAAGCCUUUUGUAGUUAUAUAUAAUUAGUAAUGGUAAUGAUAACAAAGUAAUAAUGAUAACAAUAUGAUAAUUAUAAUAAA